AGUUGGGCCUGUUUUACCACAGGAAAGAAUAAGGGGAAGAGAAAAGGGAAAAGCAGCCCAUCUGGGUCCUAGGAAUGAUGCUUCCCCUUGCUGCUCUUCUUCAGCCUGGGGUUUCCCAUCUGGUAAGCAAUCCUGGAGCAAAGGUCCCCAGAUACUGUGCAGAGGGGCUUCUCAGCAGUCCUGCAGUGCCAGGAAGCCAGGCUGGGGCUGGGGUCUGCUCCAACUUGAAAAGGUAGCACAGGCUUUUUUAGUGCUGUGGGAAGAGUCUGGAUGGAAGCAGCAACCCAGCUUUCCUCAUGAAAGGGACAUGCCAGGCACAAAUGCUCUUGAGCCAGCACACAGAGUCUAGCGAGAGGAGCCAAGGUCCUGCAUUCUCCCUGAUUUCAGGGUUUGCUGAGGGAAUGUCACAGCCCAAGCAGAGCUUGUGGAGGUCUCACCCCCAGCCGGCCCCCAGCAUCCAUAGAUUGUGAUCUGGACUGAGACCACACCCUUGCCUCAAUGCUUGGUCAGCUGGCACAGCUCCUGCUGCACACCAAUGGCUUCACCUUGCACUUCUUGCUCUCCUCAUCUUUUCUCCCACAUGCCCCAUGUCCAGGGGCAAUUUCAGCUUGUGUGGUGAGAGUCACACCCCUGAAGCAGGGCUGGGAUUCCCAAGAGCCUUGCCAGGAGCACCAGCAUGGCAGUGCUUUAGAGACUGGAAAAGCCUGCUUCCCAGUGCCAAGCCUAGGCAGGAUAGGCAGACAUGAACCUGUCCCAAAGCAGGAAGCUCAUCCCAGCUUCCACAGGGCUGUGGGCAGACUUGGGUGGGAGUUUUGGCUGAGGAUCUUAUCCUACAGGAUAAUCACUGGCAGUGGGAUGAGUCCUGGCUUUGCCUGGCUAGUAUGCACCCAGCCUGUAUUUCUGACUGGGCUAUGCACUGCCUUAACAUGCACAGGGAAAGGCAGGCUCCCAGAUCCCACAGGAUCCCAAACCAACAGCAAGCAAGCCUCAGGGAGGCCCCAGGCCAAAGACAGAAGUAGUAACAUGGCGGGAGCUGGGUCUGGAGAGGACAAAUGGCCAAGGAGGAAACAAGGCUGGCUGGGGCUGCAGCAACUCUGACCAGUUUUGGGGACUGAAGGGACCCAAGAUGUGUGGGACCCAGGUUUAAACCUCCACUGAACCUGUAAGCAGAAUUCUGCUCCUGGCUGUCUGUGAUCCAGGUCUUCCUGCUGGAGAUGCAGCAGAGCUGCCCGCAUGCAGCCCAAGCCAUGUGCCUGAUCCUGCCCACAUAGCCCUUGGGCAGCAAGUUUAAAUCCCCACAGAUGCUGGCACUGCUGUGUUUCCCUAGCUAGGGGUUCAUCAGCUCCACCCAUAAAAGCAGCACGUGAGUGUGCGAUUAUCUGAAAGGAUUUUCUUGGGUAAAACCUAGGAAUUUGAAAGGUUUUUCUGGGAAUCUUUGGCCAAGGGAAGCUCUCCUCUGCUGCAGUGCUGAGCUCCGCUAAGUUUACCUCAGCAGGGGCUUCCCUUGUGCCAGACCUCAGUGUAGUGCUAAAGCCCCCAGUAGUUGCUGAGGACACAGGACCACUGCAUGGUGGUGGCAUGAGAGCAAAGAACUGUGCUGGAAACUCACAAAGGAGCAGAGUGAUACACUGAGCAUCAAGGAUACAAACAUGGAUCAUGUGUCUCACACAUGAAAAGUGGGUGGCUUUUCCAAGACUAGUUUAUCAAGGAAAAAAGCAAGCUGUGGGUCUGAGGAGUCUCCUGCAUUCCUUUCGUGAUACAUGGAAAUUAACUUCAAGCCAACGGGCGGCCUGAGCAAGGCUUUUGCGAGCUCUCCCUGCCCAGCAGCCUGGCUGCAUGGCACGGGUCUCCCCAAGAACUGCAAUGCCCUCAAGGCUGGUCCUUGAUACAUGUACAGCGCUCCUCAGCAGAUGGUGUCCUGUACAACCCCAUAUUACAGUGACUGUGACGUGUGCCUUAGUAACUUUGACCCUGUCCUGGUCGCUGUGGAUGAUGGGGCAGUCCCAGUGAGCCUCACUCUGAACUUCGUCAGUCAUGCCUGUACAACACCACAUGAACAGUGCUCCUGUGCUACCUCAGACAGUGAAAGUAAGGUUAGACUAGAUAGAAAAAUAUCUUCCCUGUGAGAAGUGAGGCUGGGAAUGCCCUGGAAUAGGGUGCCCAGAGGAGCUGUGGCUGCCCGUGCAUCCCUGGAAAUGUCCAAAGCCAAGCUGGAGAGGGCUUGGAGUACCAUGGGCUCGUCUAAGGUGUCCCUGCCCACGGCAGGGGGUGGAACGGGUUGAGCUUAAGGUCACUUCGCACCCAAACCGUUCUGUGAUUAUCCAAGCGAUCCAAGCCCUCUGUUCCCGACACUGGGUCAAGGAAGGUGAACGGCCAGCACACCCUGUCCCCGCAAAACACCCUGUUCCCCAGCCCGACGGGAAAGGGCAGCCCCCGAGGCCUGGGACCCACGGCUGCGGACGGAGGCAGUAGACUCAGCGGACUCAGCGGACCCAGCUGCCCGCGGAGGCCGCUCCACCCGCCCCGAAGGACAGCAAGGCCAGGGCCACUCCCCGGGCGCACUCCACUCUGCGGCCCGGCCGCCUCGACGGCCCCGCAGAACGGAUUUAAACGGCGCCCGCUCCCACCAAUCACUGCCAUUCCGGCUCGGCGCUCGCCCCGCCCCUGCCGCAUGCUCGCCUUUCCAUUGGUCACCGGCGUUGAAUUUUAAACCCUGCCGCCCUGCCCCUUAGCAACUGCAUCCCUCUGCGCCCGCCGAUUGGUCGCCGCCUGGCAUCGCCUAGCACUCCGAUUGGGCGAGGCUCGGCCAGUGCUGGCCGGCCGCUACCGAACUGCUACUUUCAAAAGCGCCGGGGCCGGAGGUGCGGGCGCAGCGGACUGGGCAUGGCUUGCUCACAGAGACCAAGGGAAAGGAUGCCACUGCCGCGCAAUGCCAAGAUGCUGAGCACCAAGCAGUCCCGAGCAGGCAAGGCAGGCCCUGCUGCAGAGAACGUUGAUCCUGAGAAGGAGGAGAGUUGUCAUGCCAAGAGGUCUUCGUCCUCACCCCAGGGCGGGCCCAAGAAGAGAUCAGCGUUCGGAGACAUCACCAAUGCUCGUAAGAACCAGGUGGUGGCAGGGAAGAAGGAGGCUGUGAAGAUUGCUCCACCCAAGGCACAGAAGGCACAUAAUGCCUUAGGGGUGGCCAAGAACAAUGAGAUCAACCUAAAAAAGUCAAUGAAGAAAACUCCCCCAACAGCUCCUGCAGAGCCCAGAGUGGAUCCUGGGCCAGAGAAGCCAGUGUCUGUACAGGAACUGAAGCCCCCUGAGCAGAGGCAGGUGCCAGCAGUGGAGGACAUUGACAAGGAGCAGCUGGGUGACCCCUAUGCCAAUGCAGAGUACGCCAAGGAGAUCUUUGAAUACAUGCGGGAAAGAGAGGAAAAAUUCAUACUUCCUGACUACAUGGAGAAGCAGACAGACAUCAGUGGGGACAUGCGUGCUAUCCUUGUGGACUGGAUGGUGGAGGUGCAGGAGAACUUUGAGCUUAACCAUGAGACACUGUACCUGGCUGUGAAGCUAGUGGACCACUACCUGGUGGAGGUGGUGAGCAUGAGGGAGAAGCUGCAGCUCAUCGGCUCCACUGCCAUCCUCAUUGCCUCCAAAUUUGAGGAGCGGUGCCCACCAUGUGUGGAUGACUUCCUCUAUAUCUGUGAUGAUGCCUACAAGCGGGAGGAGCUUAUUGCUAUGGAGAUGAGCAUCCUCAGUACCCUCAAGUUUGACAUCAACAUCCCCAUCCCCUACCGCUUCCUGCGGCGCUUUGCCAAGUGUGCCCGUGCCACCAUGGAGACACUGACGCUGGCCCGCUUCCUCUGCGAGAUGACCCUGCAGGAGUACGACUAUGCCCGUGAGAGCCCCUCGAAGCUGGCUGCCAGCUGCCUGCUGCUGGCACUUACCAUGAAGAACCUUGGGGGCUGGACCCCUACACUGGAGUACUACAGUGGGUACAGUGCCCAGGACCUGCACCCUCUGGUGAAGAGGCUGAAUUUCCUACUCACAUACCAGCCCCGUGACAAACUGAAUGCUGUGCGCAGCAAGUACUCGCACAGGGUCUUCUUUGAGGUUGCCAAAGUCACCCCCAUGGACAUGCUCAUGCUUGAGGAGACACUCACUAGCUCUUAGCCCUACUCUGUGAAUAAGCCUGUAAAUAAUGGGGUACCCUCAAGCAGGGUGGUACCAUGUACAUAAGUAAUAGUAAUUUUAACUGAGGACGAGGUGGGGGGGGGUGGAAAAAAGUAAUGUGUAACUGUUAAUAAAAUGUGUUUGUUGUA